AUGGUAGACCCAAAUCCAAAUUCAAGUCCUCCGAGGUUCAGUAUUGGUUCAUCGCCAGGACCGCUACCACCGACACGAGCGGUGCAGAGAUGGUCAGAUUCUGAGGAAGGUAUUGCGGACGAUAUAUUUAGUUAUCGUAAGGGCCAGUAUGCAGAUGCAUUUCCGUCGUAUUCAUCUUCACCUAUAAGAUCACGAAGGAAGCACAAUGAGGUGCAAAAUCGAAAAGUAGCUCAACGAAGAGUUGCUCAUCGAGAUAAUAGUACAGUUAAAGUAAGAGGUGGCAACGAAGAGAUGGAAAAAUUUGUGAUGACUAGUGAAAGGGAAAGAGAAUUGCGACGUUUAAAACUGCAGGCAGAAGAACAUGCAAUUCGAAUGGACGAAGUAGAGAAAUUCGAAAAGGAACAGCGAGAGGAGAUAGAAGAUGAGGAACUGUUGGAUUAUGUAGAGAAAAGAGAGCAGUGUGAAAAGGAAUUGGAGCAAAUGCUGGCCGAUUUGUUAAUCACUUAA